AUGGAUGAGCAAACGGUAGUCCAUGCCGUUCCUCACGGACUUGGCCCGUCAAAUACACCGCGCGCAUUUACGGAACAACAGAUGGACGCUGCGGCUAAAGCGGUUCAGUUUGACGAAAAUGAGGUCCUAGAUCAGGAACAUCAGCAGCUUGAGUUAACUCUCGAUCGCAUUUCGUGCUCGCUGGAACCCCCAAGCAGCCUGUUAGAUCGAGUUCCUUUUUAUUCCAAGAGGCGUCGAGCUGACUGGAAAACGUUGUGUAAAACGGGAGGGUUUAAACGCGUAGACGCAUUGCCUGCGGAGCGCGUACUUCACGAUGUCUCAGCUGUAUGCCGAUCAGGGUCACUGGUGGCCAUUAUGGGACCCAGUGGCUGCGGGAAAACAACAUUGAUGAACAUCAUGAGCGGAACCACUGGUAUCCCUCACACUGGUCGCGUUUGUUUGAAUGGACGUCGGCGGACGAAAGCGUUUGACCGGGUGCACGAUGUCUUCGAUGGGAAUGAAAAAGUAAUUGAAUGUCUACAGUUUUCAUAUCGCCUCCGCAAAGCGAUUCCGCGUGAAUGGGGGCCGGAGAAGAGGCGCGAAAAAGAACACGAAGCUGUGCAGCGUGCCCUUCAUAUUUUGGGCCUUGACGGCGUGCAGCGAAGUCGCGUGGGCAGCGCUACACAGAGUGGGAUAUCUGGAGGCCAGAAACGGCGGCUGGCGCUUGGUAUAGGCUUGAUGAGUGAUGCUAAGAUCUUGCUGUGCGACGAACCCACCACUGGCCUCUCAGCGGCAGAUGCGCAAAUGGUCGUUGGCGCCCUCCGCCGGCUCAGCGUGGAAUGCGGCAUGGCGAUUGUGGCAGUUGUUCAUCAGCCUUCUCACACCAUUCUGGGAUGUUUCGACCACCUGUUGCUGCUAAGCUACGAAGGCCGAUGUGUCUAUAACGGUCGUGUAGACGCGGCACUCGAAUACUUCAAUGCCUUGGGCUUCCCCUGCCCUGUUCAUCAGAACCCUGCAGACUUUUACCUGGACCUUGUCUCUCAAAGUGGAAAGCACGCUAGUGAACUUGCGGAUAUCUAUGAUGAACUGAUGAAACCACUAGUCGAAGCUAGAGUUCGCCACGCUCACGAACAUCCUCCUCCAGCCAUGGACGAGAUUGUUGAAGACGUGGAAACUGCCGGCCCAUGCAUUCAGUUUCUUGAGGUAACGAAGCGUGCCUUUCGCCUGUGGCUGCGGGAUCAUACCACGCUGGGUGCGAUUAUGGGCGACGCUGUUGUGCAAGGAUUGGUGAUUGGAGGAGUUUUCUUCGAUGUCCAGAACCGUGCAUCAGUAUAUUAUCAGCUUUCGGCGCUCUUCUUAAUGAUUUUAAGCCUUAUAUCGACUGCGCUGUGGACGGUGCCGCUCUAUGUACAACAAAAGGCACAAUAUCGAAUAGAGAUUAGUGACGGCUACUACUCUCCCAUCCCAUAUAUGCUUGGCACAUCCCUGGUCGCCAAUUUCUUUGUCUUGUUGGGUGAUGCAGUGCUUGUCACUAUUAUGUGGUUGUUAUUUCGUUUCCCCUUUGUACCAUUGCUCGUAUCCUAUUUUGUUGGCUCGUUGGGAUUUGUUAUUUGCGAUGUAAUGACGGCUAUCUGCUCCCUGGCCAGUAAAUCGUUUGCGGAGGCAAAUGCAUCUUCGACGCUGAUGCUCAUACUACUGAUGUUUGUCAACGGCUUCACAACGAAUCCUGCAUCGCUUGCCGCCGGAAUCGGCUGGAUUGCAUACUUUAGCCCAUUCUUUCUUGUUUUCGAAGCGCUAACCAUCUGUAUUCUGGAGUCACACGAUUUUCAGCACGAUCCCUCAGCAACAAGCGGCAAUUUACCACUACGUAGCAAGGAGGAAGUAUACCAUACAUUCGGCAUUGCUGGGAGGGCCUACGGCCACACGGGCAGCGCUAUCCAAUGGCUAUGGUCGGUCGAUGUUUUGCUCCUGCUAGUGCAAAUGGUGAUCUUGAAGUGCCUCGUUUUCACCUUGCAGGCGACUGUUUUUUCACCGAAGCGCUAUAGAUCUGAACCAGGGAGUACGCGCCGAAUCAGCCGUCCGUUUUUGCUCAAGUGGAUAGCAAAGCUUGGACGCGAGUGA